UUGUACGUACGAAUCAAUCAGAGCCGAGCGAGGCCGCCCCGCCCCCCUGCGCCUUCCCACGCCACUGCUUUUUCCUCGCCGUCGAAUCUUUUUCCUGCUCUUCACCGGUCAGGAUCACGCCGUUUUUGUCACCUUGCUCCCCCCGAUCCUCCCUGCCUCCGCUCUGGUUUCUCCUCUGGAAUUCUUCUCUCCAUCCGUUCGAUCGUAUGGCUGGCCGAUGGGGUGGAGUUCCUGCCCUCCUCCCUUGAUAUAUCUCCCACUCUCAGGCGAUAGCCGUACGCGUAGCUCCACAAGAGGCGAGGCGAGGUGAGAUGGGCUCGGCUCUGCUCCGCGUCCUCUGCCUCUGCAGCCUUGUGGCGCUCGCCCGCCCGGCCAGGCCGGCCAACGUCUCCAUAGGCGCCCUCUUCACCUUCGACUCCGUCAUCGGGAGGUCCGCCAGGGCUGCCAUCGACCUCGCCGUCGCCGACGUCAACCGCGACGCCAGAGUCCUCAGGGGGACGCACCUCAGCCUCGUCGCACAGGACACCAAGUGCAGCGGCUUCGUCGGCACCAUCCAAGCGCUGCAGCUAAUGGAGAAGAAGGUGGUGGCGGUGGUGGGACCGCAGUCGUCGGGGAUCGCCCACGUGGUGUCGCACGUAGUCAACGAGCUCCACGUCCCGCUGCUCUCCUUCGCCGCCACCGAUCCGGCGCUCGCCUCCGCGCAGUACCCCUACUUCGUCCGCGCAGCCCGCGGCGACGACUCCUCCCAGAUGGCCGCCGUCGCCGACAUCGUCACCUACUAUGGCUGGAGGGAGGUCACCGUCAUCUACGUCGACAACGACUACGGCCGCGGCGGCGUCGACGCCCUCGGUGACGCGCUCGAGGCCAAGCGCGCCAAGGUCUCCUUCAAGGCGCCCUUCCCUCCGGACGCCGACCAAGCCGCCAUCGCCGACCUGCUCGUGCGGGUCACCAUGAUGGAGUCCCGCGUCUGCGUCGUCCACGUCAACCCGGACUCCGGGCUCGCCGUCUUCGCCGCCGCGCGGUCGCUCGGCAUGAUGGCCUCCGGCUACGUCUGGAUCGCUACCGACUGGCUCGCCGCCGCCCUGGACUCAACGCGGCCGCCCAAUCCCAGGGCGAUGAGCCUCGUACAGGGCGUGGUCACGCUCCGCCAGUACACCCCGGACUCCGGCGCCAAGAGGUCGCUCACCUCCAGAUUCGCCACAGCCCAGCUGAACCGGACCGCCACCCUGAACGCGUUCGGGCUCGCCGCGUACGACGCCGUGUGGAUGGCGGCCCGCGCCAUCGACGAGUUCCUGGAAGACGGCGGGAACGUCACCUUCUCGGCCGACCCGAGGUUGCAGCAGGAGGUGAACGGGACCAGCACGCUGCGGCUGGACACGCUCAGAGUGUUCGACCAGGGGGAGCAGCUGCUGCACAAGGUGAUGCUCGCCAACUUCACCGGCGUCACCGGCGGCGUGCGGUUCUCAGCGGACGGCAGGAGCCUGGCCGACCCCGCCUACGAGGUCCUCAACGUCGGCGGCACGGGCGUCCGGCGGGUCGGCUACUGGUCAAACCACUCGCAUCUGUCCGUCGCCGCGCCCACUCCACUCCGAAUCAAAACUAACAGCAGCCAGCAGCAGGAGCAGCGGCUGUACAGCGUGAUCUGGCCUGGGGAGACGACAUCGCCGCCGCGCGGGUGGGUGUUCCCGAACAACGGCCGGCCGCUGAGGAUCGGCGUGCCGUACAGGACGACGCAGAAGCAGUUCGUGUCCAAGGACAGCGGCCCCGACGGCGCGAGCGGGUACUGCAUCGACGUGUUCAAGGCCGCCGUGGCACUGCUCCCGUACCCUGUCCCCGUGUCCUUCAUCCUCUUCGGCGACGGCGUCAAGAACCCCGACUACAGCGACCUCGUGAACAAGGUGGCGAACAAUGUGUUCGACGCGGCGGUGGGCGACGUGUCCAUCGUGACGAACCGGACGCGGGUGGUGGACUUCACGCAGCCGUACGUGGAGUCCGGGCUGGUGAUCGUGUCGCCGGUGAAGGAGAAGAGCUCCAACGCGUGGGCCUUCCUCAAGCCCUUCACGCUGGGCAUGUGGGCCGUCACCGGCGCCUUCUUCCUCUUCGUCGGCGCCGUCGUCUGGAUUCUCGAGCACCGCUUCAACCCGGAGUUCCGCGGAUCCCCACGCGAGCAGCUCGUCACCAUUUUCUGGUUCAGCUUCUCAACAAUGUUCUUCGCGCACAGGGAGAACACUGUGAGCUCGCUGGGUCGUUUCGUGCUCAUCAUCUGGCUGUUCGUGGUGCUCAUCAUCAACUCGAGCUACACGGCGAGCCUGACGUCCAUCCUGACGGUGCAGCAGCUGUCGACGGGGAUCCAGGGGCUGGACGGCCUCCUCGCCAGCGCCGACCCCAUCGGCUACCAGGUUGGAUCCUUCGCCAAGAGCUACAUGAUGCAGGAGCUCAACGUGCCGGAGUCCCGACUCAAGGAACUUGCCAUCGACGACUACGCCACCAGCCUCCAGCUCGGCCCGCGCAACGGGGGCGUCGCUGCCAUCGUGGACGAGCUGCCCUACGUCGACCUCUUCCUCUCCACCAACUGCCAGUUCAAGACCGUCGGACAAGAAUUCACCAAGAGCGGAUGGGGAUUCGCGUUCCAGCGGGACUCACCUCUGGCGGUGGACCUGUCGACGGCGAUCCUAACGCUGUCGGAGAACGGCGACCUGCAGCGGAUCCACGACAAGUGGCUCAACCCGGGGCAGUGCGACUCGUCACAGGGCGGCGACGUGGCGGCCGACAGGCUCAACCUCAGCAGCUUCUGGGGACUCUUCCUCAUCUCCGGCGUCGCCUGCUUCAUUGCAUUGGUCAUCUUCUUCACCAGGAUACUGUGCCAGUACGGCAAGUACAACCAGGGCGAUGGCGAAGGUGGAACGCCGCCGGAGGAGUUCCCGGUGCGGCGGCCGGAGCGGCUGAGGAGCAUCAGGGAUCUGAUAACGUUCGUGGACAUGAAGGAGGAGGAGGCCAAGAGGGCCAUCAAAAGGAAGUCGAGCGACGACCGCCGGGACAGGUCCAUCGCCAGCUCCGCCGGGGCAUCCUCCUUCUCAGCAUCCACGGUGUAGCCAGCUUCUUUCUUCUCUGCUCGGAUGCAUGGAUGGAUUUCUAACACCAUAGAUCGAUUGACGAUGAUGUCGAUUUGACAAGCUGCACUCCACAGUAAGCUAAGCUAGGUUCAGCUGCUGAGAUGACACUGUAAUAGUGUAAUUAGGCCAUGAUGAUAUACAUACAACAGUACUACCAAGUUGGAUAUGGCAUAGGUAGAUUAGAUUAACUCCUACUACUCAAGUUGGAUAUGGUCGUGUUGUGUAUGACCCAACAACGAGCGAUUUUCUUUCGUCAA